UUGCAAUACAACCAUGGCGAGUGUUUUGGACGUUUGAACGGGUUAGCCAAUGUUGGGGUUGAAGAAGAUGCCAAACAUUAGCUAGUUCGAUCGAACCUUAAUUAAUACUUCGUAUUGAACGUGUGAACGUUGAAAUCACAUCAUUUAGAUAUAUUGUGUAGAUAUCUGACAAAUACGAACCACGCGACCAAGGAAGUGAACGUGAAAGGCAGCAGGAACAAUGGUGGACAUCGGAGAAGAUGAGCUCAAAAAGCUCGAAUAUCUUUCUCUGGUUUCCAAAGUGUGCACAGAACUGGACAACCAUCUGGGAAUCAGUGAUAAAGACUUAGCUGAAUUUGUGAUCAGUCUUGCUGAAAAGAAUCCCACUUUCGACGGAUUUAAGUCGGUACUGAUCAGAAAUGGAGCGGAAUUCACGGACUCUCUAGUCAGCAAUUUGCUCAGGCUAAUUCAAACAAUGCGACCUUCAGCAAAAGCAUCUACAAGCCGAGCUGCAGAGCCUGUGGUGAAACCAAAGAGUGAGAAGGACAAGCUGAAGGAGAUGUUCCCAGCCCUGUGCCGGCCGGACAAUCCAGGCAUCAGGAAUAUGCUGGAUGAGGAUGACGUGAAGGUGGCGGCCGACGCCAUGAAGGAGCUGGAGAUGUUCAUGCCCAGUGUGAGUGGGACUGACUCCAAGAAGAGCCGACACCGGUCUGGAGAAAGCAGCAAGAAAAAGAGGAGGAGCAGGAGCCGGAGCCGCGACAGAGAGCGGGACAGGGACCGCGACCGUGACCGUGACCGCGACAGGGAGAGGGACCGGGACCGGGACAGGAGGCGACGGCACCGCUCGCGCUCCCGGUCCCGCUCCCGCUCCAGGUCUCGCUCCCGGGACCGGGGCAAGGCCCGCGUCUCGCGCUGGAAGUCCCGCAGCCGCUCCCCCAGCCCGCGGCGGGACAAAGAGAAGGGCGCCGACCGCUGGAAGGACAAGCACGUGGACCGGCCGCCCCCCGAGGAGCCCUCCGUGGGGGACAUCUACAACGGCAAGGUCACCAGCAUCAUGCAGUUCGGCUGCUUUGUGCAGCUGGAGGGGCUGAGGAAACGCUGGGAAGGCCUCGUCCACAUAUCCGAGCUCAGGAGAGAGGGGCGGGUGGCUAACGUGGCGGACGUUGUCAGCAAAGGUCAAAGGGUCAAGAUCAAGGUGCUGUCCUUUACUGGCUCCAAGACCAGCCUCAGUAUGAAGGAUGUGGACCAGGACACGGGCGAGGACCUGAACCCCAACCGGCGCCGCAACGUGGGUGGAGACGACGACAAAGAGCGUAUCGACCGGAACCCCGACAGGCCCGCGAACCUCAACCUGGGCCACGCCCCCGAGGUGGAGGAUGACACAUUGGAGCGCAAGAGGCUGACCAAGAUUUCCGAUCCCGAGAAGUGGGAGAUCAAACAGAUGAUUGCAGCCAAUGUUCUCUCCAAAGAGGAGUUCCCUGACUUUGACGAGGAGACUGGCAUUCUUCCCAAAGUAGAUGAUGAGGAAGACGAGGAUCUGGAAAUCGAGCUGGUGGAGGAGGAGCCCCCCUUCCUGAGGGGUCACACCAAGCAGAGCAUGGACAUGAGCCCUGUCAAAAUAGUGAAGAACCCGGACGGCUCUCUGUCCCAGGCGGCCAUGAUGCAGAGUGCUCUGGCCAAGGAGCGGCGGGAAGUGAAGCAGGCUCAGCGCGAGGCUGAAAUGGACUCCAUUCCCAUGGGACUCAACAAGCACUGGGUGGACCCCCUGCCUGACGCUGACGGCAGGCAGAUCGCCGCCAACAUGAGGGGCAUUGGCAUGAUGCCCAACGACAUCCCCGAGUGGAAGAAGCACGCUUUCGGAGGCAACAAAGCCUCCUACGGCAAGAAGACCCAGCUCUCCAUCCUAGAGCAGAGGGAGAGCCUGCCCAUCUACAAGCUGAAGGAGCAGCUCAUCCAGGCUGUCCACGACAACCAGAUCCUGAUUGUGAUUGGGGAGACGGGGUCGGGGAAGACCACCCAGAUCACUCAGUACCUGGCCGAAGCGGGGUACACCACCCGCGGGAAGAUCGGCUGCACCCAGCCCCGCCGCGUGGCCGCUAUGUCCGUGGCCAAGAGGGUGUCUGAGGAGUACGGUUGCUGCCUGGGACAGGAGGUGGGUUACACCAUCCGUUUCGAGGAUUGCACCAGCCCGGAGACGGUCAUCAAGUACAUGACGGACGGCAUGCUUCUGAGGGAGUGUCUGAUCGACCCGGACCUGGGCCAGUACGCCAUCAUCAUGCUGGACGAGGCCCACGAGAGGACCAUCCACACCGACGUCCUCUUCGGCCUGCUGAAGAAGACGGUGCAGAAGCGCACGGACAUGAAGCUCAUCGUGACCUCCGCCACGCUGGACGCCGUCAAGUUCUCCCAGUACUUCUACGAGGCGCCCAUCUUCACCAUCCCGGGCCGCACCUACCCCGUGGAGGUGCUGUACACCAAGGAGCCCGAGACGGACUACCUGGACGCCAGCCUCAUCACAGUCAUGCAGAUCCACCUGACCGAGCCCCCAGGAGACAUCCUGGUGUUCCUGACGGGGCAGGAGGAGAUUGACACGGCCUGUGAGAUCCUGUAUGAGAGGAUGAAGUCCCUGGGGCCUGAUGUCCCGGAGCUCAUCAUCCUGCCUGUGUAUUCAGCGCUGCCCAGCGAGAUGCAGACCCGCAUCUUCGACCCGGCGCCGCCCGGCAGCAGAAAGGUGGUCAUUGCCACCAACAUUGCGGAGACCUCUCUGACCAUCGAUGGCAUCUACUACGUGGUGGACCCUGGCUUUGUGAAACAGAAGGUGUACAACUCCAAGACGGGUAUCGACCAGCUGGUCGUCACUCCCAUUUCUCAGGCGCAAGCCAAGCAGCGAGCGGGUCGGGCCGGCAGAACCGGGCCGGGGAAGUGCUACAGGCUGUACACGGAGAGAGCCUACAGGGACGAGAUGCUCACUACCAACGUACCCGAGAUCCAGAGGACCAACCUGGCCAGCACCGUGCUGUCCCUGAAGGCUAUGGGGAUCAAUGACUUGCUGUCGUUCGACUUCAUGGACGCGCCCCCUAUGGAGACCCUGAUCACGGCCAUGGAGCAGCUCUACACCCUGGGGGCUCUGGACGACGAGGGGCUGCUCACUCGACUGGGCCGCAGGAUGGCCGAGUUCCCGCUGGAGCCCAUGCUGUGUAAGAUGCUGAUCAUGUCCGUCCACCUGGGCUGCAGUGAGGAGAUGCUGACCAUCGUCUCCAUGCUGUCCGUGCAGAAUGUCUUCUACAGGCCCAAGGACAAGCAGGCCCUAGCUGACCAGAAGAAGGCCAAGUUCCACCAGCCAGAGGGUGACCAUCUCACUCUGCUGGCUGUCUACAACUCCUGGAAGAACAACAAGUUCUCCAACCCCUGGUGCUAUGAAAACUUCAUCCAGGCGCGGUCCCUGCGCCGCGCCCAGGACAUCCGCAAGCAGAUGCUGGGUAUCAUGGACCGACACAAGCUGGACGUGGUGUCGUGUGGCAAGGCCACGGUGCGCGUGCAGAAGGCCAUCUGCAGCGGCUUCUUCCGCAACGCCGCCAAGAAGGACCCGCAGGAGGGCUACCGCACCCUCAUCGACCAGCAGGUGGUGUACAUCCACCCCUCCAGCGCCCUCUUCAACCGCCAGCCCGAGUGGGUGGUGUACCACGAGCUGGUGCUGACCACCAAAGAGUACAUGCGGGAGGUGACCACCAUCGACCCGCGCUGGCUGGUGGAGUUCGCCCCGGCUUUCUUCAAGGUGUCGGACCCCACCAGGCUGAGCAAGCAGAAGAAGCAGCAGCGGCUGGAGCCCCUGUACAACCGCUACGAGGAGCCCAACGCCUGGAGGAUCUCGCGGGCCUUCCGCCGCCGCUAGCGCGCGCCCCCGCCGUGCACCCCGGCCCCCUCUGCGGACCCCUCCCAAAUCCGCCUGCUCUGCUCGCUGUCUGAGCCAGCCUGCUCUGCUGGAGCUUUCGACCUCCUCUUCGAAACCUACCUUCAUUCUCUCAUGUGGUACAGGUGUUUUCUGCUCAGUUAGGGUGGCAGUUUACUUUUGUAAUUUCACUGCUCAGUGAAUACUGGAACUGAUAUGUGAGCGAACGUUGUUGCAUGCCUUGUGCAUUUACAUCAGCGAUGGAGGCUGGCGCUCGCUUUAGGGUUGGGGUUUGGAUAAGGGCUUAUUUUGGGUUUGAGGGUAGAGGGAGAGGAGUAAUGGUAGGACCAGGAUUCCUCUGAUAAUGGUAAUUACAAAACUGCCACCUUUUUUCCACAUUACU